AUGAGCGACCAAACAAGGAAGAAAGACAUGAAGAGGAAGAGAGCUCAAUCAAUCCAUACUAAUUUCAAGCCAAUUGGUUCAAUCUCCCAGCCAUGUGAACAUGGUGAUGGUGCUAAUACAAAUGAUGUGCAGCCUAGCGAAGAGAACAACCCUAGUCAUGCUGAAGGUGAUGCUCAAGAUGUUCCGAAGCCAGUUGGGAAGUGUGGUUCGGACACAUUCACUGUCAAAGGAUUUGAUAAGUGGAAGAAGGUUAACAAUGGAAAAGAAUGUGCUUUUCUCAAACAUAUGGGCACUACUCCCAGCUCUGCUCAUAACUUUGCAGUUCGUUGUUACGAAAAUCUGAAAAAUAAUCCAAUUCAUAUUGACAAGGUGAUGAAAAAGCAAACUAAGCAAAUGGUUCUUGAUGCAAGACUGAGGCUUAAGACUUCUAUUGAUGCCAUGAGGUGGUUAAUGUUUCAAGCAUGUCCAUUUAGAGGAAAUGAUGAAUCUGAGGAUUCCAAGAAUCAAGGUAAUUUCAAGGAAAUGAUUAAGCUUUUGGCUUCUUAUAAUAAGGAUGUACAAGAAGUUGUACAGAAUGCUCCUAAAAAUGCAAAGUACACCUCCUCAACUAUUCAGAAGGAAAUUGCUAGCAUAAUUUCACGAAAAGUGCAAACCUCAAUUAAAGAAGAAAUGGGUAACAGCAAGUUUGCAAUACUGGUUGAUGAAUGUCGGGAUGAGUCUAAAAAAGAGCAGAUGGCAGUAGUUGUUCGGUUUGUGAACAUAGAAGGGUUGAUAAGGGAGCGUUUCCUUGAUCUUGUUCAUGUUAGUGACACUUGUGCUUUGACUCUCAAGAAUAAAAUCAUUGCUGUCCUAGUUGAUAAUGGGUUGAAUGUGCAAGAUAUUAGAGGCCAAGGCUCAUCAACUCCAAUUGGCUUUGGUUGCCGCUUCAAGGGAGUUAGUGCAUCUCCCAAACGUAAUGAUGAGUUACUAGAAAACCAGGCAGCUCAAAUUGCUAGAGAGAUUGAAUUGGGAGAGCUUGACACUGGAAGAGGGGCUAAUCAAAUAGGAUCUUUACGAAGGGCCGGGGACACGAGAUGGAGUUCACACUAUAAGUCAAUCAAAAGUUUGCUCAAGAUGUUUGCUGCAACUAUUUCAGUUCUAAGAAGUGUAGCAACUGAUCGCUCCGCUACAAGGAAUUCAAGAGGAGACGCUGCAGGUGCCCUGAAGAUAUUAAACACAUUUGAUUUUGUCUUCAUUCUGCACCUAAUGGAAAGAAUUAUGAAAAUCACGGAUAUCUUGUGUGUUAAACUUCAAAAUAAAAGUUUGGAUAUUGCUAAUGCACUGGAUUGUGUUUCUAACACAAAGUCGUUGCUUGCUGAACUGAGACAAGAUGGAUGGGAAAGUCUUUUUGAAGAUGUCAAAUCAUUUUGUGUGAAACAUGAGAUUGAUAUCCCGGACAUGGAUCAAAGGUAUGUUGAUGUAACAAAAUCAAGAAAUAAGCAUGACAACACCACCGUUAUCCAUCAUUACAAAGUAGAUGUGUUUAAUGUUGCAAUAGAUCAACAAGUGAUAGAGUUGAAUGAUCGAUUCAGUUCUCAAGUUACGGAGCUUCUAGAUCUUUGUUCAUCAUUGGACCCUAGACAUGAUGCCUUCGACAAGUCAAAGAUAUGCACUCUAGUGGAAAAAUUCUAUCCUGCUGAUUUUACUAGUCAAGAAAGAGAUCGGUUGGAGUGUGAAUUACCACAUUUUCAGCUUGAUACAUUGAACCAUCCAGAGAUCAAAAAUUGCAAAUCACUUGCUGAUAUGACAAAAGGGAUAAUUAAAACUGGCAAGUCUUCUGAUUAUCCUAUGGUUGAGAGGUUGUUACGAUUAGUAAUAACUCUUCCGGUGUCAACUGCAACAGCAGAGCGAGCCUUUUCCGCAAUGAAACUUGUCAAGACACGUCUUCGAAGUAAAUUGGGAGAUGAUUUUCUUCGUCAUUGCACUAUAGUCUACAUUGAGAAGGAAAUAGCAGCCAAGUUUAGCUCCGACGAUAUUAUUGAGAUAUUUGAUACUGGUGCUCGUAAAUCCGACUUCAAAUUAAUAGAUAUGUAA